CCUCGUUUCGGAAGUACACCAAUUUAUGCUGUUGUUGUUGCCCGUUAUUCGAGGAAAGUGCAUGAAAAUGUCGCUGUACGAUGGCCUUGAAAUUAGCCAAGAAAAAGACUCCAGCAGUCUCACAGCGAGCCAAAUAUCAGGAUGGUCUUCAAACCUUCAGUUUAUGAAAACCCAACUGCAAUUGAAAAAGGCUUCACAAGGAAAACCACCUCCUAAAAGCAGAUCCUUGACAAGCUCAGGACCUGGAACAUUAACACUUGCAAAUCUGACGGGCGGCCUUGACCCAAAGUCGAAUUUCCUUGAUGAGUACGAUCCAUUCAGGCCCAACGAAUACAACGACGUGAAGGAAAAGCUGAAGGUUAAGGAAGAGGAAGAGCGCAGAGAAAGGAGACAGCGGGAGCGGGAGUCGGAUAGAGAUCGCCAUAGAGACAGGGACAAAGAUAGGGACAGAGACAGAAGAAGAGACAGAGAUGAUGAUGACAGGAGGCCAGGGAGACGAGAUCGUGAACCAGACAGAGAUCGAGAUAGACGCAGAAGAAGAAGGGACAGUGAUGAAGAAGAUGAUAGAGGCAAGGGACCUCGAAGUGGUGCAGCUAUUGCUCCUCCACCAUCACUCUCGAUUGCUGCACCAGAUCCAGAUGAAAUUGAAAAGAAAGUUGGUGCAGGAACUGGAGGCUUCUCAACUGGGAACGCCGUGGCAAGUAAUAUUAUGGCGAAAUAUGGUUGGAAGGAGGGCCAAGGUCUUGGCAAAGAUGAGCAGGGAUUGAGCACAUGUCUUCAAGUCGAAAAAACCAGCAAACGGGGCGGAAAAAUUAUCAACAAGGAUAAAAUUGUCCAGGAGCAAGAAACCAAGGAACAACCACAAAGUGACACGAAUGCUGUACUGCUGAGGAAUAUUUCCAAAGUCGUCAUGCUUACAAAUAUGGUAGGGCCUGGUGAAGUUGAUGACGAAUUACAACCAGAGGUUGAAGAAGAAUGCCAAACCAAAUACGGAGAAGUUGCAAAAGUCAUCAUUUUCGAGAUGCCGGGAGUUCCAGAGGAGGAAGCAGUGCGGAUAUUCGUCGAAUUCAGAAGAAACGAAUCUGCUGUCAAAGCUUUAAUAGAUUUGAACGGAAGGUUUUUUGGGGGCCGACAAGUUAGUGCAAAGUUUUACAAUCUGGACAAGUUCAGACGAUUCGAGUUAGGCGAGUAAAAAUGGUUGUCGAUCACAAGUGAUUGAGAAAAGAAGAACAGAAGUCCUAUAGAAACAAUAUUGCAAUGUUCCAUUGUUUAUCAGUGUAUCAGAUGAAGAUGCCAAGAUGACGUUUUGUCAAAGUAGCUAUCUACCGUGUUUGCACUGGGAUUAUUUACUUGUCAGCUGACAGAAAUAUCCAACAUUAUUUGUUAUUAAUAAUAGUCAAUAGCUUACGAACCGAAGUUCUAGGGAACUAAUGCUUCAUGAAACAUUACGCUUCCUUUUGCGUAAGAAGUUUAGUCUUUGUAUCU